AUGUCAGUAACUUUACACACAGAUCUCGGUGACUUGAAAAUUGAAGUAUUCUGUGAAGCAGUCCCGAAAACGGCAGAGUGGAUAUUACGACAACAACUUAUUCCACAGUUUUGGACAAAUACAUCAAAUAUCUUGAUAAAAAUAUGCGAAAACUUUCAUGCCGGAAAAAAGAAAUAUAAAAUCAUUUAUAGUGCAGGUGAUCCUACGGGAACAGGGAAAGGUGGAAACUCUAUAUGGGGGCGAAAAUUUGCUGAUGAGAUCAAGUCCUCAUUAAAGCAUAAUGCUCGAGGUAUCGUCUCAAUGGCCAACAGUGGUCCAGACACUAAUGGCUCGCAAUUUUUUAUCACCUACACAAAACUGCCUCACUUGGACACUAAGUAUACAGUGUUUGGCAAAGUCAUCGAUGGCGUAGACACAACUUUGGAUGCCAUCGAGAAAGUCCCAGUCGAUGAGAAAAAUCGUCCUAUACAGGAGAUACGAAUCAAAUCGGUGACUAUUCAUGCUAACCCAUUGGCUGAGUAA